AUGGCAGCAGCAGCUGCUGCCAUAGAGACCGUUGAAGGGCAGGCGGAUGCUGAAGAGAAGUCUGAAGCGUCAGCCCUUGCGCAUAAGGAAGCAAGGCAGCGACAUCCCGCCGCUGCAAAGAAGCAGCAGCAGCGCAGAGAAUCGGUCGUCGAAAAAGGAAAAGUUGAGGGCGAUUUGCGAAAUGAGGAGCAGAGUGACGGUGAGGAGUCGGCAGCAACAGCAACAGCUGGUGCCAGUGGACGUAGAAGCAGGAAACUGAAGUCAGGAGCUGCAGCUAAGCCCAAGAUUUCUACACAGCGCCGUGUGGCUGUAUCAGGGCAGGCAGCGCCAGCGAAAAAGGCAGUGACGAGCAAGACAGAGGCGACUGCGGCUUCUGGAGCGAGUGACGAUGAUCUUGAUGUGGCUUCCGCAGCUAAGAGCAAAGCAUCAGGCAGCGCUGCAAGAACGCGAACAGUGGAAGCUGCAACGAGCCGAAGGGGUAGGUCGGCGCAGGGUGCUGCAGCUUCUGUUGCUGCCGGCAGAAAGGGUAGCAGUGUCACGAGUAGCGGCAAGAUGAGCUCCGCAGCUGCAAAAGCUAAGGCGAAGGGCAAACCUGCUGCCGCUCCAAAGAAGCCUGCCACCACUCGAAAAGCGAUUAGCAAGCCCGUGCACUCUUCACGGGGACGCUCUAAGGCAUCCACGAAGGGCAAAGCCGCUCAGAGUAAGCCUGCUGCUGCUGCUAUGCCGCUGAGCAUUCUGAGGCCUGCUAUAUGGUCAAAGGGUAGUAAGGUGGGAAAAGCCCUCGUCAUGAUCCAUCCCGCGCAACAUGCUGGCUGUGAACGGUUCUUUCUGAGCGACUGCCGCUCAGCAAUGUCUGCAACCAAUCAAGAGGCGGAAGCAUGGAGAAAGCGCGGCGGAUAG